AUAUUAUUGAACACGAUGAAAUUUAUCCAAUUUUUGAUAUAUUAGAUGAUAAUUUACAGAAUGAAAUUUUUGAUAUUCUAGGUCAUCGUAUUUUACAAGCAGGUGUCAAUGAUAUUCCACUAAAUUGGGAUUUUUCAAAAAAUGCGACAUAUGUUCAUUCACUAUCCAUGCGGUUUAUGGACUUAAAUGAAAUUACAAAUAUUAUUGUUAUUUCUUUGCCUCAAUUAUAG